UCGGUCAUUUUCAUUUGAAUGGGCGGAAAUUUCGGCAGCUAAGUAUGCAGAUUUGUAUGUGCAGACGAAAUUUAUUGAAUUCGGUCGGAUCUGCGCUGCCGUUGAUUCUCAAAUUUAUUUGUUCGACCAGUCGUGGCAUGACUGGCGAUUACGCAAACCGAAAAUUUUCAAAAUUCCACUCGAUCGGCGCGUGUGUUCUGCAAUAUUAUUUGAUUAAUAAUAUAAAACGUUUUGUUUAUAAAAUCGGGAGUGGCAAAUCUAACGGAAACUAAAAACAAAGUGAAAAUAUGACAAAUCCUGGAAACUGCGCAGUUUGUGGAGUGGCGGCGUCGCAGAAGUGCGGUGGCUGCCGAAAUGUGGUCUAUUGCGGCAAAGAGCAUCAGAUCAUACAUUGGAAGAAGGGACACAAGGCGGAGUGCAAGUGUUAUGAGAUCGCCACAAACGACAUCCUGGGUCGUCAUUUACGGGCCACACGUGACAUUAAAAAAGGUGAGAUUUUCUUGCGUGAGAAGCCCUUCAUCUAUGGACCCAAGGUGGCUAGUGCGCCCACAUGUUUGGGCUGUCACCGCUCAUUGCCUAACCCAGUGCCGCCACAAAAGAAUUUCUACAAAUGCAGCCGCUGCUCAUGGCCUUUGUGUGGACCGCAGUGUGAAAAUUCCGCUCAUCACAUUGACGAAUGCGAGCUGAUGUCGGCGCGUAAAUUCAAGGCCAAAAUCGACUUUGAUCCCACUAAAGAAGGGACAGGUAAAAAGGAGUCUGCCUACUGUGUCAUUCUACCGCUGCGUUGUAUUUUGCUGCGUAAUAAGAAUCCCGAAGCCUUUGCGCGUUUCGCCCAGCUGGAAGAUCAUCUCAACGAGCGCAUGAAUACGCCGCUCUAUAGGAUACUCAGCGCGAAUUUGUUAACGUUUAUCAAGACGAUCAUGGGUUUCAGCGAGUGGAGUGAUGACGAGGUGUUACGUGUCGCCGCGCGCUUGGACACUAACACUUUUGAGGUGCGUCAAGCAGCAGCCGGGCAGAAACUGCGCGCGAUCUAUACAAACGCGGCGAUGAUCUCGCACGAUUGUGUUUCGAAUGCGCGCCACACCUUCGACGAUCAAAUGCAGAUUCUAUUCAUAGCGAAGCAGAAAAUCGCGAAAGGCGAAAUUAUUGCCACCUCCUAUACGCAACCGCUAAAGUCAACGCUCAUGCGUCGGCAACAUCUCUCGCAGGCAAAGUGCUUCGAGUGCACUUGUGCACGCUGCAAAGACCCCGAGGAGUUGGGCACAUUCGCAGGCGCCAUUUUAUGCAGUCGAUGCAAAGUCGGCAAGAUAAUAUCCACCGAUCCGCUGGACAAUGGCGCUUUGUGGAAGUGUCAGCUCUGCCCACACGAAAUACCCGCCAAACAGAUAAAUUGGGGCAACGGCGCCAUGCUGAAGGAGAUCGAAUCGUUAAACAAAAUGUCACCGCGUGCCUUUGAAGAGUUCCUACACCGUUAUCGCGACACGUUGCACGAGAAAAAUACGCAUGUGUUGCAAGUCAAAUAUGCGCUCACUCAACUGUACGGAAAUGCGCCCGGAUUCAAAAUGCACGAAAUGAACGAUGCGGCUGUAAAGCGAAAAGUUGAACUAUGCCAGGAGCUCCUGGAAGUGGCGGAAAUACUCGAUGGUGGUUGGAGCAUAUUCCGCGGUAACCUCUUGCUCGAUCUGCAGGAAGCGUUAGUGGUGCAAGCAAAACGCGAAUUUGAGAGCGGCUUGCUGACCAAAGCAAAUGUACAAGAAAAGCUCACCGAAGCUAUGGAGCUACUGAAAGAAGCUGUGGAAAUUAUGAAAUUGGAACCCGAUAUGCAAGAGGCGCUAGCGGAACGCACGCAACAAUUAGCUAAAGAACUAGAACUUGAUUAAAUGAAUAUUUUUUAGUUCGGUUAUGAAAAUAAUUUCUGAAUUUUUAGUAAAGAGAUAACUGGUGGUAAAACUAGAAAUACAUAUUUG